ACCUAUCUAGCUGCUGUUGUUAUUGCACUGCCCCCUUCAUCAAGAACAACAGGCCAAGACUUGCCAUUUCACCGCAUCAACAUUCGCAACAUCAGCCAUCAGAUGAUGCCCAAAAAGCCCACAAGAGCUACGCCUAAAGUUUCGUUCCACAUUAGCUGGCCUGGUCGUGAUGAAGGCCGCGGACAGUGUCCGACAAUCCAUCGCCUUCGUGGCCUGCCUCCACUGUCUUGGCCAACACCGAGGGGCAUCGAUGGAUGCCAUCCCGCAGAGAACGAGCAUCCACCUGGAUGGGCUCAGUCCAACAUCCCAACAUGCGACUGA